AUGAAAGGAAGCACGCCUCGUUAUGAUGAUCGUCGAUCAAUGAUUUCUGGUUCUAGCAAUGGGAGUAAUAGUUUGGCGGAAAUUACAGGUCAGCGGUCAACUACUGGGCAACUACGGAGGUUUACAGCAGGGGUAAGAAGACCAGGGCAAGCUCGAGAAGCCCGAGAAGCUGUACGAACAGCUAUGAGUACGAUGAAUCCAGUGCGCAAGCGUCCGCUCUCGGAACCGCUGGAUUAUGAAAAAUUUUUGAGCGAAAAUAGCUCAAUAAUCGAAAAUAUUAGUAAACGACAUAUUAGUAAACGAGAGCUACCUUUACUUCCACUUGAUAAUUUCAUGGAGGCAUUACUUCCAUCGUUUGAAGACUCAGGGGCAAGUUCGUCAAGCACAAAAAAAAAAGAAGCAAAAUGGUUAUUGGCGCAAGAAGCCCUUGAAUUUUACGAUACUCCACAACGAGUCAUCCGUUUUAAUUAUGUGCAGUCUGAUGGCGAACACUGUAGUAGUUCUGAACAAGACAUUGAUCUUCAUCCACUGGUUUAUGAGAGUGAUAUGGCUUACAAUGAGCAGAAAGAGGAUUUAGAUCUUCGUCACACUACGGAUGUAAUUAAAGAAGGAUUUUUGUUUAUUGUACCUGAAACCAGUCUCUUGGAUAAUUUCAAGAACUCAAAGAAGCGUUACUGUGUAUUAAAAAAGGGGGAUGAUGGGAAACUUCUGUUGGAAAUGCGAAAGUCACAAUUUGCGUCAUUAAUACAUUCAUCAGUGGUUAUUGAGCAAGCGGCAUUGUCUACAAGUAAAAAAGGCAGGAAAGUUCUUGAGGUUUGUAUUGGAGGUUCUGUUCUUGUAUUUGGUUCCGGCUCGGAAAGGCGAUCAUGGGUUUUAGCAGCUGAUUGUGAUAAUGAUUUACCUCGAUGGUUAAUAGAAAUUGAUCGCGCUUUAGCUGCCGACUGCAAAGACCCGUUGGCUUCAGCUGUUAAUUGUGUCGAAUCAGACGAAUGUUGUAUAAAAGAAGUGGAUAAGAUUAAUGCACAGAAUACUAGUUCAAAGGCAACUAGAAUAAGCUUUUCGACGGGACAAAGUGCUGCUGCAAAAGCUUUACAGCCACCUGCUGUCAAAAGGCGGUCGUUGUUUGCAUUAUACUCUGAUCUUGAUAUAUCGCCGAUGCCAAAAAGUAAAGCAGAUUGUUUACUUACAAAUAUUGCUACGGAUAAAGUCACAAGGUCCUCUAAAAAGAAAAUCGUAGUGCAAUUCGUCGUGGAGUUUCUAAAUCUAAAUAUUGAAUUACCAGUUUCCAGUAAAAACUUGCAGCAGAUCGAACCUUUUUUCGUCAGAACAUUUUUGUAUGAUUCUCGAGCUGGUUCUCGUUUGUCAGAAGAAUUUGUAAUCGAUCCUAACAGCGAGGAUUUAAUUGCCUCGUUAAAAAUUCGAGGCAAGACUGGAGCUGGAAAUAAUAUAGCUAAGAACAGUAUAUCGGAAAAUAAUAGAGAUAUGAAUUUAUGUUACCAAGUAAUUGGUGACAGAAAUAUGCGGAAGGUGCGAUAUUCAAUAACUAAGCCCCAUCGUGAUAUUUAUUUGGUUGUACGUAUCGAUCGAUUACUUUCAAUGGAUACUUCAGCCGAAAUGUACAUGAAGACAGUUAAUGAUACGAAAGGUAUUGCAAAGUUGCAAAAAGUUAUUCAGCAAGCUUGCUUGAAACCUAUUCUUGAUAAAAUGCCUUUUGCAUGGACUGCAAGGCCUGUUUUCCAAGAAAUGGUGGGAUGUAAAACAAAAUUGUCAAAUGAGAUGCAGUUAUAUCGUUGUGAAGGAAAUAGAUUAGGAGACAGUGAUUUGCAAAAAAUUCUUGUUGAUUUUGGGCGGGCAGAGAAAUCGGGAAAACUUAUUCCAUUACCAGCAGCAUUUAUUACCUUGAUUAUCGACUUCUCAAAUGUUUCGGAAUUUCCAUUGCUCAUUAAUCCCAGUUUCGAAAUGGUUCAUCCAUGGAAAGUUGCAUUAGAUAAUCCUGCUUCAGCUUGUUUUGAAGCGCAGUCUUUUAAUGAUUUUGCAGUUGAACCGUACACAAAUCUUUUUAAUUUGCUCUAUGUUUACCCAUUAGCAAUUAAAUAUGAUGGUCAAAAAACUUUUAAUAAAGCACGUAAUAUUGUUUGUACUGUACGCUUCAUUUCUGCUUCUGAAGGCAGCAGUAUGUCUCAAGCGAUUUACUGCAGAUUUGCACUGCCAACACCAUUUGUAACUAGCUUACGUUGCUCAGUUCAGUAUCAUGAACAAAAUCCAGUCUUCAGUGACGAGAUAAAAAUUCAAUUACCAGUUUCUUUGGAUGCAAACGAUCAUUUAUUGUUUUCAUUUAGCCAUGUCUCGGUUGCAGGAACGACUGGAAAUCGAUUUCAAAAUGAGACUUUUGACACUCCUAUUGGAUAUGCGUGGUUACCGCUUUUGAAGAAAGAUCAUUUGGCACUUGAACAUGAUGAACAGGAAUUUGCUUUAUCGGUUGCAGCCGACUUGCCUUCUGGUUAUAUUAAUUACCAGUCGCUUGGAUUUGGGAAGGGUGUAAAUAGUUUUUUUGAUUACUUGCACGUUGGACCAUCUAUUCGUUGGGUAGAUGGUGGUAAACAAUUAUUUCGGGUACGUUUGCGACUCGUCUCUUCAAUAUUUACUACGGAAACAAAAUUACAAGCUUUUUUCCAAAGUUGUCAAAAGCUUCAACGUUCCGGUAUUGUUAGUGAUGCAUCUUCAAAAACUGGGUGCUCCAUUCUGCGGGAUUCAAAUCCGCCAAUCAGCAGUACAUCUUCCUUUUUUGAUUCUCAGCCGAUCACACGUUCCUGUUCUCCUGUAGUCGAGAAUAGAAUUUCAGAGGAGGAGAAAAUUUGGCAUAACGUAGUACAGAAAACAGAGGCUCUACUGAACGUAGAAAUUGAACGAAUGAUUCCAUUUUUGCCCAUAACUUUGAAUCGAUUGCUUUCACUGUUAUCAGUUUCGUCUACUGAUGAAAUGGCAUUUCAGACUUUAGGUGCAUUGAUUGGGAUUGCAGACAAAAUCACAGGAGCAAAUCAGGAUCAUCUUCUGAGUUCAUUUGUUAUUUAUCAUUUUCGAUCAGCAACACUGAAAAACAGAUCAGAUCUCGUAGAUGAAACUGUGCAUUCAGCAUUAUGCAAGCACAUCACAUCUUAUAUUGAAAGCAUUCAAAUGAGUGAUGAUUUGCUGGCAUCAGCGUUUCGACAACUUUGGUUCCUUUUUGUAAUUGCUGCUAAAAGCAUGGCAUUAUGGCUGAUUGAUUCUGGUCUAUAUAAACAUGAUGUCUUCAAGGCUCCUCGAGGAAAUCGCUUUUCAUCUGAACUGGUACUUCGAAUGGAGACUUUAGUUGAUAAAACUGUAUCGCUAAUAAUAGCAAAACAUCGGGAUCUUCCCCAAGAAUGUCGAUUGGCAAAUGCAGCUUUGGCUUAUUUUUUAAGAUACUGUCUGAGUUUUGUGAAUCGAGGAUUAGUGUUCACGUGGAUUCAUCACAGUGUUGAAAGCAUGGAUGAGAGUGGUUCAAGGACAGUUCUCGAUUACAAGUUGGAUUUGCUACAUGUACUUGGCAGUCAUGAGCACUGGAUACCAUUAUGCUUACCGUUCGUAUGUGAUGCUUCUGGAAAUGUUUGCGAAAAAUACGAUAUGAGUACAGACUACAUGAGCAAACAAUGUUCAGACGAGUUCAUACUCUCUACUUCGUAUUGCAAGAACCAUUUUCUUGUUGGUUUGCUUUUUCAAGAAUUGGAUGCUUCAUUGCGAGGACCCCGAAAUCAUCGGAAAAGAGUUAUUGCCUUAUUAAGGAACUUGCUUGCAAAGCAUGCUGAUGAUAAACGUUAUUCUUAUGCGUAUGCUCAAAGUUGCAUAGCCUCAUUGUAUUGCCCUUUGAUAAGUCUGGUACUGGACAAUUUGGCAGAGCUUGAAUCAGCCGUCAAAGCAGAUUCCAUAAGUAUUUCACCAACUGGUGGUAAUCUUACUUAUUCUCGGCAGUGCACUCGGUCAUCAUCUAUCGAGCGUUCUUCGUUUACAUCGACUCAAGGACUAUUAACAAAAAUGGGAGGUUCUUUGAAAAGCGGUCUGUCUUUUCAACUUCUUGCAGAAAAAGUAAACCCACAUUCACCAGCUCCAUGCAUUUCAGGAUUAAUGGAAAAACUAGACCGGAAUGAAUCACGAGAUUUGAUCUUAUGUACACUUUACCUGUUAUAUUUUCUACCACGUGAAAUUUUGGCAGUAAUGAUAUCUAGCUAUCAGUCAAAUGGAUCGACAUGUAAUUUCAUCUCGUUGUUGCGUGUCGCUUUGGAUAACUUCAAGUAUCAUGGCAGAAAUUUUACUAUUCAGCAGACAGCCACUAGAAUACGAAGUACUCGAAAAACAAUGAUGAUAUUACCUCGCUCAAGUUCUUCAACAGCAAUUUUUGCCAAAAACUCAACUGCUGUGGGUGAAUUAUCAUCGAGUGGCCUCAAUUCUCCUGUUAUAGAGCAGUUACCAAUAAAAUCGACCAUUGAAGCGGAAGAUGCGACACCAUUCAGUGCAUUACAAGAGUCAAAUUUAACUCAGGAGAUAGCUCUCAUAAUUCUAGAAACUAUCCAGGCUUUAGCUCAACAUGUUUCAGAUACUGUUGAAAAUUCGGCAGAUCUUGAUGGGACUAAAAUUUUCCAGCAAAUGCUUCGAGUAUUAUUAUCACUUCUAGAUAGUUGUUGGCCGGAAGCAGUGCGACAUCAUGCCCUUGCUGCUCUCGCUGUUUUUAUUAGCUUGGUAGAAAUCUAUGCAAAAUUUAAUUACUUUCGUUAUCAGUUUUUUAAAAGUGGCCCACUUGAUGGUUUAUCUUUGCUUAUUGAAUCACUUCUGUUGCAAAUGAAUAGUCGACUUCCUAAAAUUCAAAAUGCUGCAGUAGCAUUAUUGUAUUUUGUCUUGAAAAAUGGUUAUGACUGCUUUCCUUCAACAGAAUUUUUUCUUGCUAGUCGAAAACGAGCAAAUUUGCCAAAAGACCUCGAUAUGCAGAACCUUGGCAGACCUGGUGCACAGACAGGAGUAGCUUUGGCCAGGCUACUGGGGCAGAAGAUAUCUCUUGCUAAUGAAAGUCGGUUUGAACAUGGACUAGAUAUGUUGGAGUUAUUGGUGAAACCUCUAUCUGGGAUCAGACCAACUACUUUUGAACGUGGUGUUAUCGAACUAAUCACUCAGCUGCGCGGUGUGCUGUCGGCAACCAGUGCUCUUUCAAAAGCUGUUGAUGAUCCAAUUCGAUUGGCAGACUUACAUGUUCAACUAGCUGAUAGUUAUCGUGGAUCAGCAGCGCUAAGAAGUGCAUGGUUUGAAACUCUUGCUGAAGCACAUAUUCGUGAGCGCUGGUUUUCUGAAGCAGCUGUUUGUGAAGCUCAUAUAAUUGCGAUUAUUGGUCGCGAACUCAUUAUCAAUGGAUGCACAAAAAUCAACUGGGAUUUAUUGUCUUGCAUUAAUAAUUCGAUAGCUAGAGAAGAAACCGUCAAUGAUGUCGAUUCAGAAAUUAUACAGCAUGGCGGAUUCAGCUUGGACACUUUUACUAGUAAAGUUGAAAAGCUGGUACAAACACUAAUCAUGGCUGAAAGAUAUGAGGCAGUCGGGCCAAUUUGUCGUUUAGCAAUUCCUAUAUAUGAAGAACUCAAAAACUAUCGUGCUUUGGUUAAUCUAUACGCUGAGUUGCAACAAGCAUUUUCAUUAGCGGAUCAAAUGAAAGUCAGUGGCAAGCGACGUCUUGGAACAUAUUUCAAAGUGUUUUUUUACGGGCCAGCGCAUUUCAAGGAACAACAUAAUACGGAGUGGAUUUAUCGUGAAGCAGGUCAUACUUCCUUAGCAGAAGCUUGUGAACGUAUGGUACACGCAUGCCGCUGUGCCCUUGGCCAUGAUCGCAUACAGAUUAUUACAGAAAAAGAUAUGAACAAGUCAUUUGAUGAAAUGAUAGCAUAUGUACAGAUGACUCAUGUUGAGCCAUCUAUUGCUAAUCAUGAUAUUAGCAGUUAUGAAGCACAUACAAAUGUAAGGGAUUUCGUUCAUGAAGUUGCGAUUAUUGACGAAAAUGUACCGGCCGAUUCACCGCUAGUUGCACGACAAGCUCUUAAGCGCAUUUUUAUUACAGUCGAAGAUAGUUUCCCAAGUACUCGACGUCGUUCACGAGUCAUUAAAAAAACGGAAAGUUUUUUAUCACCUUUGGAAUUUGCUUGUGAGAAAUUACUUUUCAAAUCGAUGCAGUUAAACCGUGCAGUUUCUUCCGCCAGAGACCCACAUAAACGUUUGGACAUAAAAGGACUCCAGCUACUGCUACAAGGCGCAGUUCUACCAACCGUGAAUAUUGGCCCUCUAGCUUAUGCAGAAGCAUUUACAGAGCUAUCACAAAUAGACCAUUAUGGUCUCAGUCAUGUCGAAGAUUUGGCUAAUGCUUUCAGAUCCCUUGUACUCGCUUGCGCAGAAGCUUUGAAGGUAAAUGAAGCAGUGAUUGGUGAAGAUCAGGUUGCAUAUCAUAAUAUGUUAAAAGAUGCAUUUGCUUCGAUGAUUUGCAGACUUCAUCGUUGUUUUGGAAACAUGUUCGUGCUUGAUGAUGACCGACCUGACGACUUGUCUUUCUCUUCAGAAGAAAUCAUUUCAAGGAAUUCAAUGCACAUAUUGGACUCAAUUGGUGGAACAGAUAGCUGA